AUGGGCAGGCGCCCGGUAGAGAAAUUUAGUCGAGCUCUUCGUCGCCGGGCGCAGGUUUGUUUUUGGCAACGAUCGCCAGCGGGCGUGAACUCAUCGGCUGUUAAAACAGUAGCGGCGGCGGCGGCGGCGGCGGCGGCUGGAGACGGUGGCGGGAGCGUGGCUCAUAGUCGUGACGCUGCGCGGGAGAAUGCUGCGACUGGGGAUGCAAUUCACCCCACCAGCACGACGGCGACCACAUUUUUUCCCUCAAUUAUGGGGGAGCGUGACGAUGGGAUCAUUCAUGCCAACUACUCUCUCCGCCAGGCGCUGGCCCGUGGUGCCCCCGAGACUCGGCUUACGCGGCAGGUGCGACACGCCAUUGAACACUCCACCGGGAAGGCGGAGGCACUAAAAGCCUUUCAGGUAUUGCUGCAGGCGGAUGGGGAGGGGCCUACAGCGGCGACGUUUAAGAUGCUUUCAGCCACGCUGCUACAACACCAUGUGGAGCAACGAGUGGGCCAAGCUGGGUUUCAGAGGGCAUUGAUGGAUGCUGUUGGGUAUGAAGGCGAUCGGUGGCAGAGUCUCUCUGAGGAAGAGCGUUCGACCUUUGUGAAUUACACAUGUCGAAUGACGGAGCGGUGGGCAGAACGUGGUUCAUCUUACAACAAACUUUUGGGGUUUUCACAAGAGGGCGCUGACAAUGAAAUUGUGGCAAGAGUGGAAUACCAAAUGCGGAAGUGUGGCAUAAUGGUCUUAGCUUCCUCACUGGCAGAUCUGAUGCACCUUGACAUUACAUGGUCAACGGCUUUGCAUUUGUUUAACUUUGCUGAGGAAUUACAAAAAGAUAUUCCACCUCCAAUGGAGAUGACAGAUCGUCUUAUGGGUCUUAUGACAGGCUACAAGAGUGGACUUGGUGGCUCACGUCCCUGGAUGCGAGCGUUGGAAUUGUAUCAAAGGGCUCUGGUGUCGGGAUAUGACACCACACUAACAACGCAUACGCACGCAUUAGAUGCGUUGUGGCGAAGUGCGGAUAAUUUUCAUCGUGUACACACGUCUCUUAGUUCUUAUCAUCGACGGUGGGUGUGGGAAAAGGCCCUCAAGAUUUCUCAAAUUGUGCAAGACACGCCCCGGUUGCUUGUUACCGGUGAAGAGGGCUGCGCAUAUGCGGAGAGUGUCGUCAAAACUCUUACCGCCUCGGGUCGUUGGUCUGAGGCAAUUUCAUUUAUUGCCAACCUUGAUACUUCCAAUAGUGAUGUUUCUUUUCGUUUUCUUGUGCCCACCGCUGAGACGUAUGUUUUUGCCAUUGCGGGGUGCCAUACGGCUGGUCACGCGGCACACGGUGAGGCUUUGUGGACCAUCUUUAAGGAGACAUACACGCUGCGCUCUCUCCACUCCGAGGCACUUUUAAUUUUUCUUCAGUCUCUUCGUCAUGUCGUUCGCACCUCACCCAUUGUAGGAUCGCUAGUGGAGGAAUUGGUGAGGGAUGGAAAAGGUCUUGAGCGUCAAGCCGCCGUGGCUUCUUUGCAGCUUCUUUCAAGUAACCACGUGAAGACAAGAGAGCAGCGGUGGGUGCUAGCCACAAGGUUACUUGAUAUGUACGAUGCAAACCCCUGGCCACAGCAACCACUGGCACGAAAAACAGAACUACAAACUGUAUUUCGAUGCUGUCACUUGAUUUCUGCCAUGGAGUGUCCAGACGGAAAGCGUUUACUUACGAAGCUAAGGAAGCAGCUGGUGGAUGUCUUUGGCAGCCUUUCCGCGGAGGUGGAAUGGCUGGAAGACACCUCCAUUUAUGCGUUGCAGAUGACAUCCAACUGGGAGGAAGCAAUCUCAAUUUAUGACCAAGCUGUCGGUCGAAGAAAACCCAAGCAGGUGCCUUAUCUACCGAUUCCCUUGCGCCAGGCGAAGAUGAUGCUGGUAGAGGCACUUGUCCGGUCUUGCAGGGUGAUGGAGGAAGACGGUGAGUCAUUUCUAGUAGACGAGGAUACACAAGAGGCUGGCCGCGAUGCUGCUAUGGUAUUGACAGAGCGAGCGCUUGCCGUGACGAGGGCCGUGUAUGGGUCGGACGACACGUUCCCACAUCAUUUGUACGCCGAGUUGCUUGUGAUACAGGCAACGUGUGCCGCUAGUAGUAGUCAGCGGAAGUUACAUGCGCUUGCGGCAAUGCGACAUUUUUCUCAGGCUUCAGCUGAGUUGAUUGGGCGCCACCUCGUGUCGCAAACAGCCACGGCAUUGUCUCUUACGGAGGUGCAUGUGGAGAAUGCACUUCUAGCGGGGCAUGCCACCCUGCGGUAUGCGACGCUUUCGCAGCGUAAAGGCAAUCGUAAAGCUGCAAAGAUCCGCAGUGGCCUUGAGGCUUUGGUGUGGUAG